AGGGUCACCUGCGGCAGAACGAAGCCCCCUUACUGUUCGUAAACUUACGUGUACGUUUUCUUUUUUUUUUUAAUUCGCCACUUUGAAAAAAAAAAAAAAAUCAUCAUUCACGCGUAUGACCAUUUAUGCACAACUGCGAGGAAGAAAAUUAUUUAUUUAUUUUUUUUUUUGUAACAUAAAAAAAAAGAGGAAGCAACUCACGUCAUGCUUAUUCAUCCGUACGUUCAGUCACACGAUAAGAUAAGCGUUCUGAGCCGUUCGCAGUUUAUACUUACGUUCACGCGCGUCAGCAACGUUAGCAGUCGCUAUCGCCAUCGCUAUCGCCAUCGCUAUCGCCAUCGCUAUCUCCAUCACCAUCUCCUUGCCUUCAAUUUUACCCGUUCGGCUCGUCCGCCAUCCGGCAGUGAAACGGUCGCGCGGCCAAUCAUAUAAAUAUAUUCGAGCAUACUCUCUUUCGCUCUUACGUAACUCCUUUGCCGCACAAGUUAGGGAGAAGACCCCCCCUGUUCACGCAACCUUUUUGGGAAGCGCGCCCUUUUGCUAAACCUGCAUCUCUCUUUUUCUCUUUCUUCAAAAUGACGCAACGAGUUCACUACCGUAAGCACAAUCACUACAACACAAAGUCGAACAAGGUGAGGCCCAUCAGGACGCCCGGGGGCAAGCUAACUAUCCAUGUGGUGAAGAAGAAGGCCGGGAAGCCAAAAUGUGCCGACUGCAAAACGGCCAUUCAGGGGGUCAAAGCCCUGCGACCAGCAGACAACCGCCGAGCGAGGAAAAAGGAUAGAAAAGUUUCCAGGGCCUAUGGAGGUUCCAUAUGCGCCAAGUGCAUUCGGGAAAGAAUCAUGAGAGCGUUCCUUUUUGAGGAGCAGAAAUGUGUUAGACAAGUGUUGAAGGAAAAGAAGAAACAGGAGAAAAAGGUGAAGAAGGUUAAAAAGGAAAAGAAAAAAUCAACAGCCAAGGAUGCGAAGAAGACUGCAACUGAUAAUAAGAAGGCCAAGAAGGUCGGCGAUAAGCGAAAGGGAAGAUGAAUGACAAGCAGGAGUCUCCCAUCACCACCCAUGCAGGGGUAAUCUACAUGUGCAGGAGAAAAGCAAAUGAAAUAGACAAAACUUAGAGAACCACACCGCAUUCACCCUCUUGCGGAGGGAAGGUCAGAAAUAUGAUGUGCGCACAUGUGGCUGCUCUCCGUCCGCGUGAGCUCCCCGCAGCUUUUGCAACUCCUCGCCCAAGAGCAUGGGCACAUACGCAUGCGCAGUGUGCAUAUUCGCAUAACAGUUAUAAAAGUUAUAGCGUUUUUUUCCUCCCUUCUCCCUUUUAACUGCCCUCUUGUCUGCCUUUUUUUUUUUUUUAACUCUACCCCUCUGUUCCAUCUCGCAGUGUAUAUGUACCAAACUUACAUAAGCCAUUUAAAAUUUUUUAAUUAAUCACUC